AUGAGUGUUGGAUAGGUUCAUCCAAGUUGCUCAUCUCCAAUAGAAACUAAAGAUUAUAAAACAGGAUUAGAGUAUAAUAUCUUUUUUACUUGAAUAGUUCACUCAAACUAUUUAAUACAAUAAGGUAAAGUAGACAUACAUCAAAGGAAACCACUCUCAUUAUUUCACCUAAACAGUAUAUACUAAUAUUAUUUAAGUGCUAUAAGCAAUAGAGCAUUUUUAACACCCAAACGUAGUUAAUUCACAAGUCAAGAUUAGAUUGUUGAAGAAGAUGAUUAUUUUAGAGACAGAAUCACAAAGAGAAAAUUCGAUAUGGCUUCUAGAAGAUUGAUGAUUCUCUUAUCCUUUUUUAGACAUAUUAGCUAAAACAAAGAAGCACAUAAAACCUCUUAACUUAAAUAAAUUCAUAAGAAAAGAAAAAAACUGCCUUUUUAUCCUAAUUAGUUGUAAAUAUGGAAAUUAUUUAUGUCAUUCUAAACAUCUGUUACUUUAAUGUUAUAUCCAAUAUAUAUAAGUCUCUCUGAUUAUAGAACUUUAGUAUUUAUAUAAUUCAUUUUUAGGAUGUUAUGACUAUUCUUAUUUUAAUAUUGGAUUGCUUUUAUUUUAUUGAUAUCAUUCUAAAAUAAAUUACAUGUUAAAUUGAUAAAAAUUAUAAUUUAAUCAAUACAUUUUAAGCUAUUUUUUUAUUUAAUUUAUAAAGAUGGCUUUUAUUUGAUAUCAUUAGUAUUAUUCCAUAUAAAUUAUUUAUUAAUGACUUUACUGAUUAAUUGUGCUUAAAUCUUUUAAAAUUACUGAGAUUUAUAAAAUAUUUUAGUUAUAAUGAAAGAUAAAUAUAUUAAGAAACAAAAACUUCAAAAGAUUAAUCAUAAUAUUUUGAUAAAUUAUUUUAACUUGAUGGCAAAUUAUUGAGCAUUUUAAAAAUAUUUAAAAAUAUGCUCAUUUUAAUUAGUUUAUUUGGUUGUUUGUUUCAUUCAGUAUUAAAAUAUGAUGGUAAUUAAACUUAAGAAAAUAUUUUAACCAUUUAUAUUUAAGGUUUAUAUUGGGCUAUUUAAACUGUAACUGUAAUUGGAUAUGGAGAUGUAGCUAUUACAACAUCUACAUAAUAUAAUUUAACAAUUAUAUGGAUUUUUAUAGGAGUUGGAUUUUAUUCAUUUACAAUAGGAAAUUUAGCAGCAAUAUUAGAGUAAUAAUCUUCAAAUGAAGGUUUUGAUGAAGAUUUAGAAGCCCUUGAAACUCUGAUGACUUAAAUUCUUAUUCCAGAAGAAUUAAGUGCUUAAUUAUUUUCUUAUUAUUAUUAUAACAUCGAAAAUAAUCCAUUUUGGAAUUAUAAGAAGUAUUUUAUUUUAUAACAAAGAUAAUAGAAUUAUUGAAACUUUGCCAUCUCAACUUAAAGUUUAUGCCAUAGCAUUCUGUUAAAAAUAACUAAUUGAGAAUGUAAACAUAUUUUCUUUUGAUAUCAAUUUUGCUGCUGCUAUUUUACCUCAUUUUACAAUAUAUUGUUUUAAAUAAUAUGAAACAAUAUAUUUUAUUGGUUCUCCAAGUCUUGAAGUAUAUUUCUUAGUGGCUGGAGAGAUUCGUCUAUGUGAUAAAGAUGCCAAUACUCUUUUAAAUAUUUAAGAAGGAUAUAUUUUUGGUGAAAUUGAAAUAUUAGAAGAUAGUUAUAGAAAACAAUCUGCAAUUGCUGGUAAAGAUUCUGUAGUUAUUAUGUGUCCUGUAUUACAAUUUUUACAAUUAGUUCAAGAUGAUGAAAAAUUAUUAUUUGAAAUUGAAUAAUUAGGAUUAAGAAGAAGACUUUUAUUACAUGAAAAUAUCGCUAGAGUAAAAAGUAUUUUAUUUCAUUAUUUUAUUAAUAGAAAAUGCUAAAUAAAUCAAAAGAAUUAGUGCAUUAGAUGGUUAAUUAAUGAAUUAAUAUGUUUCAAAAAAAUAAUUUUUAGAGAGAUAAUUUAAAAGAAACAUCGUUAAAGAUUCCUAUUAAUAAUUACAUAAAAAAUUAAUCAGAUUUAUUUUUGGAUAAAAACAAGAAAAAAAAUGGAAAUAUUAAGCAAUAUUUAAAAUGGCUGUUAGAAAAAUUAUAGAUCAUAGAAAAUAAAGUUAAUUUCAUUCCAGAAGAACUAGUAUGGUAAUGGGAAAAUAAAUGUUAUAAAACUUUGCUUAAGUUAAAGAAGAUGAAAAAAAUAUAUAAAAAAAAAUUUUGAAUAAUAAAAAAAGUGGAAAAUAUCAAAAAAGAGUAAAAAUUAGAGAUAUCUUAAAUCAUCAUAGAUAAAGCCGAAUAGCUCCAUUACUUAUUACACCUUCUCCAUAUUAUGAAGAAAUUAUUAGUGAAGUUAAAGAAGAAAAAUAAUUAUUGAAGUAAAAAUAAAAUUAAAUUGCUGAAUUAUCUAACAAACUUAUUAAAAUAAAUUUAGUUGGAUAAUUUAAAAUAUUUAAUACUUUAUACCAAGAACUAAUUUAAAAUCUUGAUAUCUUAAAUGAUAUAAAGUAUCAAACUAUUCAAUCUGUAGAAGAAAUGGAAUCAAUAUAUUAUUAAAUAUCUGUAUUGAUUACAUCUAUUAUUUGA